AUGACCGUAACGAUUAUUGAUGGAAAAGCUGUGGCAAGCGCUAUUCGUGCCAAGGUCAAGGAAGACAUUGCUGCAACCAAGGCAAAGUAUCCUGAAUAUGCUCCACAUUUGGCUAUCAUUCAAGUGGGUGGACGCGAGGAUUCCAGCAUCUAUGUCAAGAUGAAACACAAGGCGGCCCUGGAGGCCGGCAUCGAAUUCACACAUGAGACACUCCCCGAGUCCAUUUCUCAAGCCGAAUUACUACGUCAUGUCAAGCGUCUGAAUGACAAUCCAAACGUCCAUGGUAUCCUGGUCCAGAUGCCCUUACCUUCUCAUAUCGACGAUGCUGCCAUUGUCGCCGCCAUUGACUAUCGCAAGGAUGUUGACGGAUUCCAUGCUGUCAAUAUGGGAAACAUGGUGAAGCGAGCAGGAAAGCCCAUGUUCUUGCCAUGCACACCACGUGGUAUCAUGGAACUAUUGAGAUCUACAGGUGUUACUAUUGCCGGCAAGCAAGCAGUUGUUGUGGGUCGAAGUGAUAUUGUGGGAUCUCCCGUUGCAGCAUUACUCAAAGCGGCUGAUGCCACUGUCACCAUCUGUCAUUCCAAAACCAGUAAUAUGGAGGAGAUUAUCAAGACAGCGGACAUUUUGGUGGUGGCGAUUGGCAAAACAGAGUUUGUCAAGGGAGCAUGGAUCAAGCCUGGUGCUGUGGUCAUUGAUGUUGGCACAAACGCUGUUCCUGAUGCAACCAAAAAGUCCGGUAAACGAUGGGUUGGCGAUGUCGAGUAUUCCGAAGCCGUCAAGGUAGCCAAUGCAAUUACGCCUGUUCCUGGUGGUGUGGGUCCAAUGACCGUUGCCAUGUUGAUGGAUAAUACGCGACAAAGUGCCGAGAGAGCCCUCGAGCAAUCCAAUACUCAAGCACGCAUUACGCCUCUGCCAUUGAAUCCUGUUACACCUGUUCCAAGCGACAUUGAAAUUGCGAGACAACAAGAACCCAAACCCAUUGCAGAGCUUUGUCAAGAACUAGGUCUUUUGCCAAAUGAGUACGAGCCCUAUGGAACUACCAAGGCAAAGAUCAAUCUCAAUGUAUUGGAUCGGUUAAAGCAUCGCACGGAUGGACGAUACGUUGUGGUCACAGGUAUUACACCCACAUCCCUUGGUGAAGGCAAAUCAACAACCACUAUUGGCCUGGUGCAAGCAUUGAGCGCCCAUCUUGGUAAAUUGGCCUACGCAUGUGUUCGACAGCCAUCACAAGGACCUACAUUUGGUAUCAAGGGUGGUGCAGCUGGUGGCGGCUAUUCACAAGUUAUCCCUAUGGACGAAUUCAACUUGCAUUUGACUGGUGAUAUCCAUGCUGUCACAGCAGCCAACAACUUGCUAGCUGCCGCAAUUGAUGCUCGCAUGUUCCAUGAAAACACUCAAACUGAUAAGGCACUUUUCAAUCGUCUUUGCCCUGCCAAAAAGGGAGUGCGUAAAUUUGCGCCUGUCAUGCUGAAGCGAUUGCAAAAGCUAUCCAUCAACAAGACCGAUCCAAGCGAAUUGACAGAGGAGGAAAUCCACCGUUUUGCACGCCUUGAUAUUGAUCCUUCCACCGUUACUUGGCAACGUGUCAUGGAUAUCAAUGAUCGAUUCCUGCGCAAAAUCACUGUGGGUCAAAACCCAACGGAGAAGGGACAAGAACGUACCACAGGCUUUGAUAUCGCCGUGGCGAGUGAAGUGAUGGCUGUGCUUGCUCUUGCGACCGAUCUUACCGAUAUGCGUGAGCGCUUGGGUCGUAUGGUGGUGGCUAGCUCGAAAUCAGGUGAACCGAUCACUGCUGAUGAUAUUGGUAUUGGUGGUGCAUUGACGGUGCUGAUGAAGGAUGCCAUCAAGCCUACCCUGAUGCAGACCUUGGAAGGAACCCCUGUGCUGGUGCAUGCAGGUCCUUUUGCCAAUAUUGCACAUGGCAAUUCAUCCAUUCUUGCCGACAAGGUGGCGCUCAAGCUUGGUGAUUACACGGUGACCGAAGCAGGCUUUGGUGCUGAUAUGGGCAUGGAAAAGUUCUUUGAUAUCAAGUGCCGUAUCUCUGGUUUAAAACCUGAUGCCGUGGUGAUCGUUGCUACGACACGCGCUCUUAAAAUGCAUGGUGGUGCACCCGAACCCGUGGCUGGCAAACCAUUACCUGAAGCAUACACUGAGGAACAUCUUGAAUAUCUGGAAAAGGGUUGUGCCAACUUGGCAAGACAUAUUCAGAAUGCUGGCAAGUUUGGUAUGCCAGCCGUGGUUGCCAUCAACCGUUUCACAUCGGAUACGGAUGCAGAGAUUGAGCUUAUUCGAAAGCUGGCUCUUGAGGCUGGUGCAAGUGAUGCUGUUGCAUGCAAUCAUUGGGCCUUGGGUGGUGCAGGUGCAGUGGAUCUCGGCAAAGCUGUCAUUGAAGCCUGUGAUAAGCAACAAGGGGAGUUCAAGUACAUUUAUGAUCUCGACCAAUCUAUUGAAUCCAGGAUUACCACCAUUUGCAAAGAAAUUUAUGGUGCUGAUGGCAUUGAGUUGUCUGAGGAAGCCAAGGCGAAGGUGGAGACUUAUACCCGACAAGGUUUUGGAUCAUUGCCAAUCUGUAUGGCGAAAACACAAUACAGCUUCAGCCAUGACCCCGCUCUCAAAGGCGCACCUUCAGGAUUCACUGUACCUAUUCGCGAUAUUCGUGCUUCGGUUGGUGCAGGAUUCUUGUAUCCACUUGUGGGCUCAAUGCAAACUAUGCCAGGAUUGCCAACACGACCCUGUUUCUUUGAUGUGGAUCUUGAUGAAGAUGGCAAUGUUACGGGAUUGUUUUAA